AUGGAGUCGCAAAAUCUUAUUCUUCCUCCCUCUCUGCGAUCUGAGGACAUAGCUGAAAUCAAGAAUACGUUCAUUGUAUUCGCUGGAUCGGAAGAUGCAAAACUGUCUGUUGCUGAGUUUAAGAAGACUGUAGAUAAUAUGGAGGAGCGAGAGAAGAGUCUACUGAUUUUACAAUUGUUGGACGAUAUGUUGGCUCUAAAUACUGAAGAAAUUGAUUUCGACACAUUCCAGAGACUAAUAACGGCAGAAUCAAAUAAGUGUGAUGCUGCAUCACUGUUCAGGCUGUUCGACGUGGGUGCUACUGGAUCUGUUCGCGUUUCGGAUCUCAAAAAGGUGGCUCGUGAGCUGGGCAUCGAGAUUAAGGAAGAGGAGUUGGAAGAAAUGAUUAAACGAGCGGAUCAGGAUGAUGACGGUGAGGUGUCGGAGCGAGAGUUUGCAGAUUUUAUGAUGAAAGCUAUGCACUAA